AGAGGAAGUGAAACGCGAGAAAAGUGAAUAAAAAUCUGUAAUCAAACGUUAGUUUGUACAGUUUUUUAGAAGAAAUAUUAUUGAAUUCGUUUAGGAAGAUCAGGAAAAAGUAUUGGAGCUGCACAAAUUAUUUUCCAAAAUUUCAUUUUGAAUUAUAAUGUCUAUUUUUAUAUACAUAUAAACCUUGGUUUAUGCAGCCAAAAUUAACAUUAACAUUAAACUUUCUUGGUGGUAAUUUUUUGAUUUAUGCAGUAAAUUAAGAAUAAUUAUAAAUAUUGGUAAACCGUUAGAAAUUCCCAGUAUGCUUCCUUUUUGUCAUACAUAUGUGGAAAGCUCCUGACACUGUCUAUCAGUGUUCCAUUGUCUAAAGGACCUUGUUGACUUUUAGUAUUUCAGACAUUGCUUUUUCCAAUUUUUUGAUAUCAGUUCUAAAAAUAAAACACCACGGCAGAAAUCUGCCCAAUAACUCGAAUAAUUUCCAUAAUCAAUGAACAAGGAUAUUGUAAAUAAAACAAUACCACCAAUACAGACUGAGCCACGUAUUAUGUGCUCAUAACCUCACAAAAUUAAGGAAUUAAACUUAAAGGUUGGCGAACUCUUAGUUAAAUUUUAAUUUACUAUUUUCUACACGAACUAUAAGUACCACUUCAAUGUCUUUUAAAGUAAUUUGUUAGUUUAAUGGUAAUUUUUAAUGUUGGUUGCAUAAACCAAGCUAAAAAUGGAGGAUAGUGGUCCAUAGCAUAUAUACAUCAUUUUCCAAUUGAUAUACCAAGAAAUGGAAAAAAACAGUGUAGAAAUCGCUGAAAUGCGAACAAAAUUUUCAAAAAUAGUGACAGAUAUUUUAUACUUAUGUAGUUCUUUAACGCUUAAAUCUCAAAAAGUUUUAUCUCAACUGGAAGAUUCCAAAGAUGAUAAGGAUAAUUCUUCACUUGAAAACAUAGGAUUAAAAAUUGCGUUAAUUCUGGAGGUACUGAAAGGAAAUUCUACAGUUUUUAUAGAUAACUUAUUAAAAGAAAUAAAUUUACUCAAUAAUGAUAGAAUUGAAAAAUUAUUUUGUGACAUGAAUUCAAAGUUAUUAGAGUGCAAGUCUAAUACAGUUAUUAAAGAUAGUAAUAAGUAUUUUUUUGCACAAUUGGUUGACAAAGAAACAUCCAUUGACUGUUCUAUACACGAGGCUGAUUGUUAUAAUAGUAAUUUGACUUUAAAUGCUAAUAUUAGUUCUACAAAUAGUUUAUUCAGUUUACGGAGGGAAGCAACUAAUGAUACCAUAAAAACUGAAGAUUCUUGGGAGGAUACUCUACAGAGAACAAAAGGUAACACAAAUUUGAAAAUAGAAAACUCCUUUGAAAUCGAAGAUAUUAAGAAAAAAGAACACAAUUAUAAAGAUGACACUGCUACAUUUACUAAACAAAAGCAUGAAAAUCAAGAUGAAGCUAUGAUUCAUGAAUCUGGAAGUAGCAUUUUAAAGAAUGGUGCAAAAGAAAACAGUUUUUAUGAUAUCAAAACUGAGCAAUUGAAUGAGGAAGGAAAAUCCAAACUUCAAGACAGUCAAAUUGAGAUGGUUAUAUUGAGUAGUGAUGAUGAAUUAUGUGCUGCCAAUCAACUAACGCCAAAAAAACGACUGAUGGUGGAUUCCUCGAGUUCUGAAAAUGAGCAAACAACAGAUGAUCAAAGUGAAAGUCAUGAUUAUAAUGCUAUAGAAGAUGUACCAAAUUCUAUAUCAAAUAAAAUAAUUACUGAUAGUAAUCACAGCUUCAAAGAUAUCAAACUUGAUGAAAAAGCUUGUGCAUCAGUUGAUAACAUCAAAACUACAGAAGAAUCAGUUUUCGAUGAAAAAAAUCUAGGUAAAGCAAAAAAUAGUUCAUCUAUAGAUAAUGAAAAAUUAGCAGUUAAACAAGAGACAGAAAUUUUUUCAAAUAUUUCAAAUGAUAGAGAAAAUAAUAAUAAAGCAAACAAACAUGAUGAAUUCCUUGAAUAUUUGAAUCCCUAUUCAGUUGAAACAGAAAAAAUAUCUUCAGAAGAAGAAGACCUAGAUCAAUCCGAUCAGGAAAAAAACCUUUUAGGUGAACAUAAUUAUAAUUCAGUUCCAAAUUUCAAGGAAGUUUCAACUAAAAUUCCAAGCCUACACUGUUUAGAAUCUGCCAACAUUGAGACUGCUUCAGAUCACAAUUUUGAUACAUUGAAUAUUGAUGGAUCUAACAAAAUGUGUGUAUUAGAAAAUGAUUCUAAUUUUUCCUUUCACAGUGAUAGCGUAAGUGAUGAAACUAUUUGCAAAAGAGAGAAAGAUAAUAAUCAUCAUAUAAUUAAUGACCACACAUAUUUUUCAUCUAGUCCAAAUUAUAUUGAUACAGAUGAAACAGACAUUGAAAAAGAGUUUGCUAAAGGUGAUAGUAAUGUCAAUUUAGUUAAAUCAAGCUUACAAAUUCCCGAAUCCGAAGAUAAAGAGCACAUAUUCUUAAACUCAAGUAGUAACCAGUCAUUUGAAUUCGACAUUAGCAAUAAUGCCAAACUAGAAAAUGCUCAAUUCGAUAAUAAAUAUCAAGAAAGUAUUGAUAUAAAUGUUAAAGAAGAGAAAGAUCUCGAAGCCCAGGAUCAAAGUAAUCAAAACAAUAGAGAAAAUGAAGAACUGGAAGAGGAUUUAUUGGACGUGACAAUGGAAGAAAUUUUAUCUGAUGGUGAAAAUAAAGAUAAUCGCAUGAUAAAUGGUUCUGCCGAGAAUGUUUUAAACUGUGAUGUUAAAAUAGAAAUAAAAGGAAUAAAAUUGGAAGAAUCAGAUAGUAACGAUAUAUCUGAACGUCCAUCAGAUGAAGUAUUCGAAAACUCAAAAAUUGUGCCCACCAAUAACGUCGGAAAUGAACUCCUUGCACUUUUUGAAGAAGUUUCAGAUAGACCAAGUACUAAUAACAUAUUUAAAGCUCCCUUAAUCACAAAUGAUAGCGAUGAAAAUGUAAAUGUUGAUAGCAUAUUGCAAAAGCUACAAGAUGAUGACUCGGAACUAAGUGAUUAUAUUUCUGACUGCUCUCUACACUCAAGUGAUAUUCAUUCUGAUAACCAGGUGAAAAAUUUGGUCAUUGAUGUCGAGUCGGAUAAUCCCGAAAAAACUUUGGUUAGUGAUAAUGACGCCAAAAAAGAUCCGAAGAAUAACUAUAACCUGGUAGAUUGUUAUGUUUCUUUAGAGAGAAUACUAAUUUCUAAAAAUAUGGCAUAUAAAGUAUCUAAAGUGCUUGAUGAUGAUAUAGAUUGGUUGUGUGAUUUGAAAAAUGUAUUGGUUAAAGUAAAAUCGGCAAGCUCAUCAACUUUCACUAAACCACAUAACAAUAGAAGAAGAAGAAGAAAAGAAAGAACAUCAAGUUUCGAUUCAAGUGGGUCUUUAUCUGAUUUUACUGACGAGGAAAAUGAGGAAAUGAGAAGCAGAUCCAGUAGUCCCAAUCUCAAUAAUGAACAGAAAGAAAGACUGGAUGAAAUUUUAGCUGCUGCAAUUUGCAAUGAUUUAAAAGAUGGAUCCGAUUACUCAUCAAACACAGAUUCUAGUGAUAAUAACUGUCGCAGUAAAGAAUCAGGAAAAAAUAUUACAGAUAAAAAGAUUAAAAGUAAUGAGAAACUUUUAAGUAAAGAAGAACUGGAGAAGAGAGCUUGGAGAAAUGAUCCUCUUCUGAAAAGAAAGUUUUCUCUCUUAGAAUCGAGCAGUGAUGAAAAAAUUAAGAGAAAAAAGAAAGGGAACAGGUACGAAGAUGAUACAGAAUUUAAUAUCAACUCGGAUGAAAUAGAAUCUGACAGUGAUAAUCAAAAGCUACUUGCCAAGAACAAAUCCAAACUAGAAGAUAAUGAAAUUAGUCCUAUAAAGAAGAAUAUACCAAUUUCGGAUAGUUCGGAUUCUGACAGCGAUGUUCAAUACAUAUCUCCAAUCAGACCACGCAGAGAUCAUGAUGAUGAGAAUGGAUCUAAGCAUUCACAAAAAGGUAGAAGAAACAUCAGAUCGAUUGUUAGUGACAAAUGUUUGGCUCAAGAAACUCAACAAGCUAAAAAAGAAGAAUCAGAAAGAAUUGAGAGAUUGAAAGAUAGAUCUAAAGUAUUGGAAUCUUUAUCUCAAACACUUAGUAGCCAAGAGAACGAGGAAGAAAAACCUCUAGUACUGGACAUUAAUGAAAAGACUGGCGAAAUUUUAAUACAAGUCCACCCAACGAUAACAAAGAAACUAAAGCCUCAUCAACGAAAAGGAAUUCAGUUUAUGUGGAAUUCUUGUUAUGAAAGUAUUGAUCAUAUUAAGUCUCAUCCUGGAUCUGGAUGCAUUCUAGCUCAUUGUAUGGGACUUGGAAAAACGUUACAGGUUCUUAGUUUAGUUCAUACUCUAUUUUCUUAUGAAGAAACGAAUACCAAGCAUGUUUUAAUAGUGUGCCCUUUAUCAACUGUUAGUAAUUGGAAAAAAGAACUAGGCUUUGCGUUGGAAGACUUUAAAAAUAAGAAGGAAAUAAGUCUUUUCACACUUCCGCACAAAAAAAAUAUUGAAAUGAAAUAUGAGAUUGUAAAAAAAUGGUACUUUAAAACCAAGAAAUCGAUAUUGGUACUUGGUUAUGAAGGGUUUGAAACAUUAACCAAUGAAUGUAAAUUGGAUAAAAAAGCAGAUGAAAAUUUGAAGAGCAGAAUUUUGGAAGCCCUUGUUGACCCAGGACCCUCCUUAGUAGUUUGUGAUGAAGGUCAUUUAAUAAAAAAUAAAACUGCUAUAAGGACCAUGGCGUUAAAUAAUAUAAAAACAAAAAGAAGAAUUGUAUUAACAGGAACUCCACUACAAAACAAUUUGAUUGAGUAUUAUCAUAUGGUUCAUUUUGUAAAACCUAAUCUUUUGGGGACAAUCAAAGAGUUCAAAACAAAUUUUGUUAAUCCCAUAACAAACGGUCAAUAUGAAGAUUCAACUGUAGGUGACAUUAAACUUAUGAGAUCAAGAACUCACGUUUUGCAUAAAAUUUUAACAGAAACUGUUCAGAGAGUUGAAGAUACGGAGCUUGAAAUGUAUUUACCCAAGAUGUUAGACCAUGCAGUUUUCAUCCAACUUCAUCAAGUACAAGUUAAUCUUUACAAUCAUUAUUCUAAUUUAGUGCGACAUAAUGUAGAUAAAACCACAGGAAACAGAUUUCUUGCCGAUUUUCACAUGUUUCAGUAUCUUUGUACACAUCCUCAUUUAUUAGCAUUAAUGGAAAAAUCCAAAAAUAAGAAAGUAAAAGAGCAGGAUGUGAUAUGUGAAGAUGAUGAGCCGGCGCUAAAUGUGGUAAACUGGUGGAAAGACAUAAUGCCUCAAGAUGCAGACUCUAAAAUAGAAUAUGGUCAUAAAUUAGUAGUUUUAAAAUCAAUUAUAGAGGAGUGCGAAGCCAUCGGUGAUAAGUUAUUAGUAUUCUCUCAAAAGAUAGCAGAACUUGAUUUGAUAGAGCAUUUUCUAAGAACAAUUGGUACCAAAGAAUGUCAGAUAUGGAAGAAGAAGGUAGAUUAUGACCGUAUAGAUGGCACUGUCUCUCCUGAAUAUCGUACAAAUAUCUGUGAUAGUUUCAACAAUGAAAAAAAUGUUCAGUGCAGGCUAUUAUUAAUGUCCACAAAAGUAGGCGGCUUAGGCUUAAAUUUAACGGCAGCCAACAGAGUGGUUAUAAUGACUGUCCAUUGGAAUCCAUCAUAUGACACUCAAAGUGUCUUUAGAGUGUAUAGGUUCGGACAAAAAAAGAAAGUUUUUGUCUACAGACUAAUUUCUCUUGAUACAAUGGAAGAAAAAGUUUAUCAACGUUCAGUAACAAAAUUAGCUGUAGCCCAUAGAGUUGUAGAUAAACAUCAGAUAACUAGACAUUACAAGAGUGUGGACCUUCAAGAAAUUUACUCAUGUCACCCUACAGCUGAUAAUGAAAGACCUACACCUAACGUUCCUGAAGAUGAAAUGCUCGCUAAGCUUAUAUUAAAAUUGCCUUUUAUAUUUAAAUACCAUGAACACAAAACUCUUUUAGCUGAUCGACCAGAAGACAAAUUGACAGAACAAGAAAUGGCAGCUGCCUGGGAAGAAUUUAAGAAUAAGGAUAUUCCAAAACCUACCUCACCAUUACCUCCGCCACCACAUAGUGUAAAUGGCCCAACAUUUCAACAAGUAUAUAAUAUAGGAAGGAGCUAUACGAACCAAACAUCAACUAGUGGUCAACAAUUCUCGCUGGAAAAAAAUCAGUAUUAUAAUCCUAAAAUACAAUCAAAUGCAUUUGUUACGGGACCACUUAGAUCAGAAAAUAGGAUUGCAUCUAACAUAUUCCUCAAUAAUCAAGCGCGAUCAACAAGUGGAACAAACUCCUCAUUUUCAAUUCCUACAUCUACAUACCAACAACUAAAAGGAAUACCUGUUGUUAACGACAAGAGGAGUAUUGCUUCUACAGAAAUUUCAGAGAUUGUCAAAUUAUUAAAUAAUUCAACAGUACCUACGAAUAUUUCAAAACUCCAAUAUAAAUCUGUUGUUCCAAAUAUUGUUACUACACCUAACCAUACAUCCAAUAAAGAGUUGGGCAAUGUAGUCCAAAAUCCAUUUAGUAAUGAAUUUACAUUAAACAAGACGAAUGAUGCAACUUCUAUAGAAGAAAUUUCUUCUUCACAAGUUAAUUUUAAACCUAUUAAGAGGCAACUGGAAUUCUCCGAAGUUAUAAAUAAAAAAAUUAGAAGCUACUGUGAUUCAUCAAAAGGUACUCAAAAUGAAUCAAUAUGUCACAAAAGUUCCGAAAUCAAUAAUCCAAACAUAAGGGACUCUAACCGCGAAGCUUUUAAUUAUAAAGAUGUUCAGUUAAGAGAUGUAAUGUCUGAAGGUAUGUCUACUGCGAGAGAAAGCUCCAAUAACAAUAAAGAAAACAGUGGUAAGUUAGCUUUAUAUUUUAUCUAGUUCUACUUUUUAGUGGCAGCUUAACAUCCUUAUAAAUACAAAUCAGAUAAACUGUAAUAUCAUUUCCCUUGUUUUCGUUUUUACUUAUCUAGUCACUCUGAUAAUUAUUCUAGAAGAAAUUGAUAUACAUUAGCGAAUUUUAAAAUAAUAUUGUUCCGGGUACAGUAUGUCCUAAGGUGAGUCAUGUUUCGUGCAAAUACGAGAGUUGGAACUAAGUCAUGGCAACUAUUUUUUUCUUGCAGAUAUGUGAACUGACCACAAACGUAUAGCUCGUUUGGAAGUUCUGAAUGUAUGCAGAACAACAGAUGGCUCUGUUGGUGAGUGUUGUGCCAGAUGGAGAUAAUUAAAGAUUGCACUUACAGCUUACAACCUGUUCUCUGAGGGAAAAAUGCGAUUGAAUGACAGUGAUUUAGUGUAGACCAUCGCUCGAUGGUUAGAAACGGUUCAGCAAGCAAGAUAAGCAACGUUCGGCACAGGUGGUCAGAGUGCGAAAUGAAGUAGCCCAUGCCAUCAAGCAGUUAAUGGAUAAGAACAAUUAUGGUAGGGCGUUAUUCCCAAGGAUUUCUUCUGAUUCAGUAUCACAUUCCUUCACACUUCUCCCUCGGAGAACAGCUAUUUUGAUGUUAGCGUGCUGCUCAACACGGGUUACUUUCAUCUUGCACGAUAAUCACCAACUGAGCGAUUUAACAUCUCUCGUGGCACUAGUACCAGCUAUCACGCAACCAUUUAUUAUUUUACAUAAACAAUAUGUCUGCAGACAAAAAUAUUUGCCAUCACUUCUGCUCCAGCUCUCGUAAUUUAUUGUCAUUUAUUUCAGAUUACUAUUUCCUUAUUUUCAUUAAUUAAUUUCUUUUCUAACCUAUAAUUUCCUCUUUAUCCAUAGGGAGACUCUAUUGUUCUUCUCAGGGUACACCUAUCUCAUAAUUAGCUCUUUUAAAAUCUGACGUAAUUACCAUGGAUUUUCAUUUUAUUUUUGUUGGAAAUGUAAGGCCCUUUAUGAUUAUUUCCUACCCGAUCCCUUGAAACUGUGUCGCCAGUCAAAAGGUCUAUACUGGACUAUAACUGAAUAUUAAUUUAUAAUAAAAUUUUAAAUGAAUUUUAUUUUGUUUCAGAUGUAAUAACAAUACUUUGAAAUGUAUUAGUAGCAAAAUAUGGUUCAGUUCAUAGUUUACAUUAAUUUCAAAAUAAACUAUUUAAAAUUGUAUUUAUAUUGUAUUUAAAUAGCGUUGUUAAAAUAUAUAAAUUUGUAAAUUUUGUAAUUAAAAUAUAUUGAUAUCUGCGUAA